CGACACCUAAUCAGUUGACAUUUGCAUUUCGACUACUCUGCAUCACUAAGGACAAAGUUCUACAGGAUGAGCUCUGAGAAUAAGCUGUCUUUGGAUUAUGCGACAGAGAAUUCAGCGGAAGAAAAGUGCCAACGAUGGAUCGAAAGCAUCGAAUAUUCUACGACAAAUAAUGACGUUACGUCGAUUAGUGAACACAGUACUGAGUUUAUCUCGACUACAGCUGACAGCGAUAUCAGUUCAAUUUCAGAUGACAUGGGUAACAUCAACAUCAACGGUAUUGCUUCCGGUAACGAGCUGAAAAUUUUAUCGACGAAUGCUAACGUCACCGAUAUCAACCACGCUGAUAUACUGCAGACAGUAUUAACGGGAAACAACACUCAAACUUUUGGAAACAUACAGGUAAAAAAUUCUAACGAAGUUCGCAUCGGGAAUGUUACGUAUGUUACUGGUCCAAUUCACAUCAUACACACUAGUGGCAGUAACGUAGGCUCAGUGCAGCAAUUCGUUACUAAUCCAUCGACAGUACAUCCGUCCCAAAAUGCAACAAAUAAUAUCAAUAAGAAGAAAUCACUGGAAGAAGAGGAAAGGAAUAAUGAUAAACUCUUUGUCACCACUACAUCUACCCAUAUUGACAGCCGAGUUUUGCGUAUUGUUGACAGACGGACCUGGUUAGCUCAACCAGCCUUGGAAUAUCAAGAGUUGGACACCCCUGUACCGUUUGUGGUGAUUUCGCACACUGCCACAGAGACUGCUGACACACAGGCAGGCAUGGUAUACAUGGUCCGUAACAUCCAGUGCUUCCACAUAGAAUCGAGACGAUGGCAUGACAUUGCCUAUAACUUUUUGGUAGGGAACGACGGCAACGUUUACGAAGGGCGCGGUUGGAAGAGAAUAGGUUCACACACAUACGGUUAUAAUUCACGAGGUAUCGGCAUAAGUUUCGUGGGUUGCUUCAUGAAUGAACUACCGGCCAAAAUUGCGCUUCAGGCGUGUAAACUACUCAUAGAAAGAGGAGUUCGCGAUGGAUACAUCCAAGAAGACUAUCAGCUAAUAGCCCAUUGCCAAUGCAGCCCCACUGAGAGCCCUGGGCGAAAGUUAUACGAAGAAAUAAAAACAUGGCCUCACUGGGUAGCAGAACCAUGACAUUCU